AUUUUGACCUAGACCGAUGUCAAAAUCUCAAGAUUUCAGCCUUGUUCAAGGCAUGUUAACCUUAUCUCCCAAACAGCGCCAUCAAGGAAGGCCUCAUUAUUGACAGAUAACCUAUAUAAAAGCAAUACCGAUCUAAAUGAAUUCAUUCGUAAAUUAAUUUGUAAUUAAAAUGUUGUUUAAAUUAAUUGUUGUUAUUUCCGUGGCGAUUUCAGUAAGAGGAGGGUUGAUUCCACAAACAUAUCAAGAAAACGUGGUGUUGGCGGAGCCACAUAAUCCCAACCCUCAGUACUCUUAUUUGUAUGAAGUACAAGAUCCUAUAACAGGUGACAGCCACGGUCAGUACGAAACCAGAGAAGGGGGUGUAGUAAAAGGCGCUUACGCUUUGAUGGAUUCCGAUGGAACGAGAAGGUUGGUUGAAUAUACAGCUGAUGCUGUCAACGGCUUUAAUGCGGUAGUGUCUAAACAACCAACGGGAAAACUUCAUGUAGGACCUGAUGGUAGACGUUUAGUCUAG